ACAUUGGCAUGUGGUCUAGAUGCACAUAACUAAAAACGGCCAGAUAAGAGUGCGUGUAUGUCAGCUAAAGUUUAUGAUGAGUCUUGGUUUUGAACGGCUAAUGUUAAACCGCUCGUGUCUGGACUGCAUCUGAGCUGGUCUGAAUAUCUGUAUUAAGUUCAAAUGGACAUGGAAGUGUCUACAGAACUGUAAAUAUCAUUUACUAAGAGAAACUCGAGAUGUUCAGGGACCUGUGUUUGCCAGAGACACACCGGAGGAUUACGGGGACGGGAUCAUUUUACCCCAAAAAUGUGGCAGCUACACAAAAGCAUCCCAUCCGGCUGGACCUGAGGGACCAGAGGAGGGAGGGGUUACCACGGCGAUGGCAGAAUCCAGGAAACUCGAGAUGACAUAAAAGAAUGCAUUAACAGAGAGAGAGAGAGAGAGAGAAAGAGAGAGAGGUAAUUCCAAGAGGGCAAAAAGAGGUAAAACAAGUUAAUCAUUUUGAACUGCUGUAUGAAUGAGUACAUGAUUUGUGUGUGAGAGGGACAGUGUGGGUGUGUGCAUUGUUUGUGUCCAUGUUUUUUGGGUGUGUUUAAGGACACAGUGCGUCAGGUGUAACAUUACUUUAGACAGAUUCUGAGCUGUUCGCAGCACGUAAUAAAACAUACACAUACAGUAAAUAUUACAGUUAUAAAUGUGAGUGAGCAUGUGUGAUAUGUGACUACUGUGAAUUAAGAUGUAUUAGAAAGGUAGAGAUUGUUAUCAACUUCAGUGUGUAUUGUAAUCAACAUUAAUCUAGAUCUUUGUGACUGACAAGAAUGGCUGCUGUCUCUUAUAUACUCUCUAAGGAAACAGCUAAGUUUCAGCUCUUUGUAUGAAUAGCACUUACAGUAUUGCUUGUGUACAACUAGACCUAUAAGUCUGGGUUAAUUCACCCAAAAUUUAAAAUUGUGUCAUCACUUACUCACCUUCGCAUCGUUCCAAUCAUGUACGACUUACUUUCUUCUGUGGAACACUUUUUUUUUUGUCCUUUUAUUGAACUUCAUCGGGGGCCAGUGUUGUUCAGACUCCCAGUGAUUCAAAACAUCAUCUUUUUGUAUUCUGCAUGAGAGCGAAUGUCGUACAGACAGUGUUGGGGAGAAACUAGUUACGGUAACACAUUAUUUUACGGUUACAUUUACUUUUAUAAUAACAAUAAAUUAUGCACAAUUACAUGCAAGUAAACCUGAGACAAACACUAAUCCUAACUCUAACCAUAAAGUAAGUACAGGUAGUUAAUCAGUAUUACUCAGUACUUAAAUGUAUAAUUAUACUGUAAAAAGGAAACCUUAAAAUAAAGUGUAACCCUAGUUACAUGUAACAUUUACAUGAUUUAAUUACAAAAUAAAUAUAAAUAAAUAAAUAUACCUAUUACUGAGAAAAAAAUUUGGAAUUAAAUUAUUUACUUUACAUCUGAAUAUUUGCACACACACACAGAUAUUUGAUUUCUUUCUUAAAUUGCAUUUGAAAUAUGAGACACCAGUGUUUCAGAAAAUUAGGACACAAUAGGACACAAGCUUAUUCAAUAACGUCUUAUUUUAUUUUCUGUUUUCCAGUGUUUCCUGUCAUAACUAUGCAAAUAAUUGAUUUCAAAAACAAUAUCAUAGCUAUUAAACUAUAUCUUAUGAUUUGAAAACAGCAUUUAACCUCAGAAUGAUCUCAAAGUUAAAAGGGGUGCUGAAGUCUGAUUUUGUAAAAAAGUAAUCAGUUGCAUUAAUUUAAUAACGUAAUUCAAAUAGUUACACUGAUUAAUUUAAAUAUGGCAACUUGUAAUCUGUAUUCUAUUACAUUUCAAAAUUAACUUUCUCGGCACUGCGUACAGAUUUGGAAUGACAUGAAGGUUAAUAAAUGAUGAACUAACCCUUUGUUAUAGACAUAGACCCUGCAUAACCAUGCUGCAGGACAUAACAGCCUUCUUAAAAUUGAAUGAUAAUAAAAUUUACAAAGUUUUCUUUAAUUCUCACUCAGAAACAAAGAAAACCAGAGCUUCUAUUACCUAAUGAAAAAAUCAUUAGCAUUCCCUUGAUAGCAUAAGCCAUGACCCCUUGAAUCAAGGAUAUGGAUUGGUCCUUCUCAUCCAGGUUCAGGUCACACUUUUUCAGUUGCAGCCUUGUUAAAUAAACGAUUGCAUUAUUUGAAAUGUGAGCCUGUGUGGUUUAAAAAUAGUGAAGGUUUUUAUGUUGUUUUAUGUUGAACAACAGCUAAUAAUGGAACUAUGUAAACACGGUACUCAAGUAAUAAUUUUUAAGGAAUCUGCUUUGUUAACAUAUGAAAAUAAAGGGGCCAAACAUUGCAAAAAUAAUAAUGGUUUUCAAAAAGAUUUUGGACUCCCUCAUUAGCCCCAAUAUUUUAAAGUUAUUAUAGGCAUUUGGCAAUAACUGAUUAUGCAUUUGGGAAGUAAAAUCUAUUCCAGUGUAUUGGUUUGCUCAGACUGUUUAUUUCAGUGAACUCAACUGGUUCAAAAUAUGAUUCACUAAUGUAUUACACCAACACUCAUUCUGUUCUCUAGAGUUUCCCACUUAAAAUUGUUUAAAUCUCCACGGCAGCCAUAGUUUCCACCAAAAUAUGAAAAAGUCACUACAGUUCUUGCUUUAACUGUAAUAACAAAACAAUAAUAAUGUUUUAUAAGUAUUUGUAAUUUCUUUGUUUUUAUGAAUAACAAUAACUAUAUAAGCAAUAGUAUUUUGAAGGAAAAUGUGGUCUAUUUUUGGUGAGGUUCAUGCUGCAUUUCAUGGCUUUUUGUUGGUAAAAUAUAUUUUAGUUAAUACUGCUUUUAUGACCAUUUUUAUUAGUUCCCAUCUAAAGUUAGUCAUCCAAAUUUGUUCUUUACAGUCAAGCAACAUUCAAACUUGAAUCAUUUAAAAAAAGAUCUGUUUCAAAAUAACAAUCUGACAUCACUAGUUUGUAGUUUAGGUUAUCAAUCAAAUCAGUGGUCAGUGUACCACAAAAGUGUUUGUCCAGCGGUCGGCUCCUCUGAUGACAGAGAGACUCCCUCUCUGGUUUGUGUGUCAAUGCUGGCGCCAAUGCUGGGGGGAUUGGCUUUGUGUAUGUAUGCAUGUUUAGAUAUAUGUGUGCAAGUCAGGGAGAGGGCAGUAUGGCUUUUUGUAUUUGAAAUGGUAAAUUAGCAGAUUCCAACCCUCCCAGUAAAGCCUUCCCUUUGUUUAAACCUUAAUGUCAUCGUAAAUUAAAGGGUUGAUAUCCUCAGUUUCACAUUUUUUUUGGUCUCUUGAUCUUUAUGUUGCUCUUACUCUUUCAUAAAGACAAACAUGAAGCACAGGAAAUGAAUUCAGGUGUCAGAGUCCAGCAAGGUUGGUUGGUAGACGGUGACUAGUUAAACAAUGGGUCAAUCAAAGAGAGUUACAGACCUCUGUUUAAUAAUGUGUACUGUCUAACAGAACCAUCUUCCAUGACAGAUAACCAGUGAUCUUAAUUAGUUUCCAACAACACAGCAGGGUGCUCAUCACUAUACAGAACAGUGGCUCCUCACAGCUCAGAACAAAUUCAUUCUGUGCGCUUCGCAUGAUUUGAUGCUUUGGAACUUUUAAAAAUUAAGGAAAAUGUGUAGUUUGAUUAUUGUAAAUGAAAGUUAGCAACAGAGUUGAGUAAACAACCAGCUGAGUAAAGCAGAUCACUGAAAAAGAAAAACAUGUGUGCUUGCUGGGUUGCAUUUUUUAAAUAAAGGUCAUCUUUACAUUUUUGUGGUGCAAGAAAGCACCAAGAGCCAUGUGUGCAAACCAAAAAAAGAUUAUACUUAAGAUCAAAUGUGUAUUUGUGCAUAAAGGACUAAGUAAUUCAUGCAAGUUACUUAUCAGGAUCCUAUCACAUUAUUUUGAGGGCCUGAGUUGAGGAGGUAUAAUUAGAAAGUGAUAUUUGAGAGGCAUUUCCAAAGCAUGCUCAAUAAAUGUGCAUAACCUGAUAUGAUUUAAAGUGCCUCAAAGAUCUUGCCAAAGUCAGAUCCGUGUUCUAGGAGUGGGAGUCAUGAGUUUGAUUUUGGCUCGCUUUGUGUAUUAAUCCCAAUUUGACUGUCACCCCAUAAUUUCCUAUCAUCUCUGUAAAGCGGACCACCACCAAAAAGAGAUCUUUGAAAUUGCACAAUGUUCCUCUAGGCUGCCCUGACUUUAAAAAGUAUGUAAAGUUCCAGUUCAUGUCAGGGUAUUUCUGAAGAAGAGCCUAUUUACUUUCAUUCUGGACAAGUUUGACUGCCUUGUAAAAAAAAAAGUGUAAAAUGGGAAAAGUGAGUUUGUAUUAACCCCUUGUCAAGAGAGUGAGUGAACAUUCAACAUCUGGAGAAGUCUUUCGAAAGUUUUGAUUAACCAAAAAAUUGUUUUGCUGUGUUGAUUAAUCAGAGCACAAUUAAAUUCUGUUUAUACUUAAUGUUAUAUAUAAUCGUGAUUCACAGUUUCCCACUUUGUGCAGCUAAAAAGCCAUUUAGACAGCUGAUUAUGAUAUAAAGCUGAAUCCAAAAUUUGUGCAAUCAGUGUCCUUGUACGUUUUAUUCAGGCUGAUUUAUUGAGGGCUCUGGCUUUGUCUUAAUUUGGUGUCUCAAGGCUCUCUCCGGGCUCGUAAUUGUCAAUUUAAUUUCACAGGGACAUUUCACUAAAUUUUUAUGGUCAUAUUUGCAGGUGCAGGUCAUUGGUAUGAAAUGUGUUUUUUUUUCUCUCUCCCUGAGCUGGUCGACAAACCUGUUCUCUGUCACUGCCAGCACUGAACUACGAAGUUGAGAGUAAUUGGGGACCUUUCAAACAUGAGGUCAUUAGCUGUGGAGAUAUACCACACCUAGAAUCAAAAUGAAAACAUUUCUGUUGAUAUUCGUGCUGGAAGUUUAUAAUUAAAGCUUGGAAGGCUAAUUAGUUGGAUUAUUAAGGCAUGUUGAAGGAAUGUGCCUCUAAUGGAAAAUAGAAACAUGUGAACCGCUCUGUUUUUUCACUCUUUCAUGCAGUUAUUUUCUGAUCAUGUCUCUGCUAAUAUAACCCUCCGUGUUUAUUUCCCCUCAUGCGCUCAUUAGAAAUGAAAACAUUGUGCACGCUUUUGCUCGCAGGUCUUGGACAGAAGUGCAUUGUAUGUGUUUGUAAGUUCUAUCAGGGAUUCCAAAAAGAGGGAGGGUAAGAGAUCAGCAAUUCGAAUAUUAUCCUUAGACAUGGUCAUUGUUGCCAGAAUAUCGAAGCCAGGGCCACAGUCCCAAAGCAUGCUGGGAGUUGCAUGCAUUCCACUGUAUCCACAUCAUUUUGGGGUUGCGGGUAAGAUGGGUUCACUGUCUGAUCAAGACUCAUCGGUUAACAAAUUAACUAAUUCACUUUUCGUUUUUUAGCUCUUCACCAUGACUGCUCAUAAACUUUCAAUUGUGGUAGCCCACUAAUUAGUAUAUACUGUGAGGACACGCACAUGCUGACUUCAGGCACCAGAGAAUAAGUCAGUAGUCAGACACAAGCGCUAUUGGCAGCCAAAGAUGUGGUUUUGUUCAAUUCACCAGACUAACAUAGUGGAAUGCAUUCAUAUUCUAGCAGUCAUUUAAAUGGCAGUAUACAGAUGGCAAUUAUGUCAGAUAAUUUCUUCUCCACCUACACAAACAUACUAAUGCUUUAUGAAGACAUCAUUCUGUAGUUUAUAACCUUUCUGCUAUACCUUUCCAGAGACAUAUAAAUUGCUAGUGUAAUUCCAGUGUCUGAGGGUUUCUUCCAGUCGCAGAUGACCAGUCAGGAUCCACUCUGGCAUGAAGGAAUGAUUUGGAGUGCAGCUGAGCCAUGGUGUCUGGACUGUCGUCGAGGGGAGUUGAAGUUCACCUGAUGGAGAAUACACAGGAGCUGAAUGAACAGAGCGUGAAGAAAUCUACCACUGAUUCCCAUGCUCCAGACCCAGUAGACAACAGGGCCUUGGACAUGCAGGAUCUAACAGACCCACAGCACUCUGUUAACAGUGGCAGUGACGGCUCAUCCAAACUGGACAAAAACAUCCUCAGCAACAACAUCACGACCAAUGGAAACGGAGGAGAGAACAUGACAAUUCUAAACACGGCUGAUUGGCUGCUGGGCUGCAGUACCCCGCCCACUGCCCCAAGUAUGAAGAACGAUGUUAAGUCUGAGCCUCUGAACAGCAGUGAGACUGUGAGCUCGGCGGGAGACACUGGGCUGGACACUUACACUGGGUCAGUUAUAAGCAGCAGUGGAUUCAGCCCUCGGCCGACUCACCAGUAUUCACCUCCUCUCUACCCCUCAAAGCCUUACCCCCACAUCCUGUCUACUUCCGUGGCUCCUCCCAUGUCGGCCUACACGGGCCAAUCACAGUUCACUAGCAUGCAGCAGUCGACAGUUUACACGCCCUACUCUCAAACUACUCCACCCUACGGCAUCUCCACCUAUGAUUUGGGGGUGAUGUUGCCAGGUAUAAAAACAGAAGGAGGGCUGACACAAACCCAAUCAACCCUCCAAUCAGGGCUCAGCUAUAGCCCUGGAUUUACCACUCCUCAGCCCGGACAGACAGCAUAUUCACCCUAUCAGAUGCCAGCAGGGUCAGGUUUCACAACCUCUCCUGGUCUCUACACAUCCAACAACUCCAAUCCAGGCAACUUCACCACACAGCAGGAAUAUCCCUCCUAUGCAGCUUUUGGGCAGAAUCAGUAUGCUCAGUAUUACUCCACCUCCUCCUACGGUUCCUACAUGACAUCUAACAGCUCAUUGGACGGCACAGGUUCUGUCUCCAGCUAUCAGCUGCAAGACUCCACCCCCAUCAUGACAGGCCAAGCAACUGACCUGAAUCCAGGUGAGUUUGAGGCGGGGCAGAGCCCAUCCACGCCAAUCAAGGAGAUGGAGGACCGGGCGUGCAGAGGGGGUGGGGCUAAAGCAAGGGGGCGGGGCAGAAAGAACAACCCCUCCCCACCACCUGACAGUGAUCUUGAGAGGGUGUUUGUUUGGGAUCUGGAUGAGACAAUUAUUGUCUUUCACUCACUCCUCACGGGCUCCUAUGCACAGAAGUACGGCAAGGACCCUCCUUUGGCUGUGACUCUUGGUUUAAGAAUGGAGGAGAUGAUCUUCAAUCUUGCUGAUACACAUCUAUUUUUUAAUGAUCUAGAGGAGUGUGACCAGGUGCACAUUGAUGACGCCUCUUCAGAUGAUAACGGACAGGACCUCAGUACUUACAGUUUUGCCACUGAUGGCUUCCAUGCAGCUGCAACAAGCGCAAGUCUCUGCCUAGCAACAGGUGUUAGGGGCGGAGUCGACUGGAUGAGGAAGUUAGCUUUCCGAUACAGAAGAGUCAAAGAGUUGUACUGCUCUUACAAAAACAAUGUUGGAGGGUUGCUGGGACCGGCUAAGAGGGAGGCGUGGCUCCAGCUGAGGGCAGAAGUUGAGGCUCUCACGGACUCCUGGCUGACCACUGCACUCAAGUCCCUGUCAAUCAUCAGCUCCAGGAGUAACUGUGUUAACGUUUUGGUGACAACGACACAGUUAAUACCUGCACUGGCUAAAGUGCUGUUGUAUAGCCUGGGCUCAGCGUUUCCAAUUGAAAACAUUUACAGCGCAACCAAAAUAGGCAAAGAGAGUUGCUUUGAGCGCAUAAUGCAGAGAUUUGGCAGGAAGGUAGUGUAUGUUGUAAUUGGGGAUGGUGUGGAAGAGGAGCAGGCCGCUGCCAAGCACAACAUGCCCUUCUGGCGGAUAUCCAGCCACUCUGACCUGCUUGCCCUCCAUCAAGCACUGGAAUUCGAGUACCUGUAACAGUCAACACCUGUAUCAUAGGCCUUUUUUGUACAACUAUUUAAGAACAAGAGUACACUGCAAUCUCGUUUUGUCUUUUUGAUUCUUUUUAAGAAAACUCUGGCUUUUAAGAUAUUUCUGCACUGUCUUAAGAAGACUAGGACAGACUAGGAUGAGGGAAAAUGCGAUUUUAAUGGUCAAACCAGGCUUGUAAAGAGCUUACUAAGGUCUUACGUCACACACACUGCAUUUCAUGUCUGAAUGAGGCAAGUUCUUCGUCUUGAACCACAUAUAUCCUCACUCAUCUACAGGAAUCACAUUAUCUGUCUAUACAGUAGACUUCAUUUCCACUUAAACAACUCGAGCGCUGUACUCUAAUCAAGGAUCAUUUAGAAUAGACACAUAACUCAUGUAAAUUAUUUUACAGUUACUAGAUUUAACACUAAAGGACGCUGUUUUCACAUGGUAUCAUUUUGAGUUUGUUUUUUUGUAAGUUUUUGGCAAAAAAAGUCUGUGUAUAAUUUGUUGUGCCUUAUGUAUUUGUGUGUCAGUUUUUAUUUUGAGAAUGUAUGUAGAUAUAAAAAAAUGUAAACAUCUGA